AAAGUGAUUUUGUAUCUUGUGCAGGGUUCGACGUGUAUGGGAUGCUCGGUUCAUUCGGUGAGCUUUAUUCUCGGAUCCUUUCUGAUGCGAAAGGUGUGUAAGAAGCAUAGUGGGAGAUAAUAAAAAAGAUAAACAAACUCUUCGGUAUAUCUGGAAUCAAUUUUGUUGGUGACUUUUCCGCACCGCUUGAGCCAUGUCAGGGCGUCUACGACUUUUAAUUGGAAAAGGUGCUGGGCAGAAAUCCAGCAGGAUUUAAUGGUGUUUCGACAUGGAUAGGGAUCUACAGUUCUUGGCCAUUCAUUCGUUUUGAAGCAUGUGCGCGGCUGGAUUUGCAACGAAGGUAAUGCUGCGCUUUCCAACGCCGGAGAAGGUUAUGGUCAUUACUGAUUGUGAACGCAUGGAGGCGAGGAGGCGAGAGGGAAUUCCUCAUACCGCAGGACUGUUGCAGUGGUUCAACUUUUCUGCUGAUUCGGCCGUUUCAGCAUUUCAGGAUUCCAGAGCUAUGGCAGAUGUGAUAUAGCAAGUGUACGAUGUGACGAACACCACGAACAUGCCAAAACAAACUCAUGGACAGUGAUAUCGGUGUUAGUGGUGUCGUUCAUGGCGGUGAAGAUCACAUCACCACUAAACUCAGAUUCGGUGCUUUGAGGGGGGUAUUCCCGAAUUUUAUGUGGAUGCCAUACGAUCUGAUCAUAAGAAGCUUUGUCCUGACGUGUCUCGAGACCGUCUUAUGCCCCGUUUUUUCUUUUUCUAUUUCUUCUUUUACUGUUGGCAGGAGCCCAUUAACAGACAUGGGGCGGGGAGACAGUUGUGCACGAGAUUAUUCUAGCGUGCGUGAGGUUCAUAGGUUUGCAGGUGUCGGUGAUGCAGCUUUUCAAGCCUCCGAAAGCACCAUGUCAAAUGCAAAAAAACCAUCCAAAAUUAUUUCUGGACACUGGGUGGAUCUCAUGUGCUUUGCAUUUCCAGAUUAUUGUAAGCAAGACCACCCAGACAAUCUCCUACUUUAUUAACUAUCUGAAGAGUAUGUUGCUCAUUGUUGCAAAUGCUGUUGCAUGCAUGGUUUCGCAUAUUAAACUGAAGACUGAUUUGGUGCUUUAUGCUGAAAACUAUAAUUGUGAAGUGUUGUGAUAGCUAAACCUGAUAUCUUCGUUUGUUCUAGCAUUGUGUGCUAUAGGUAUGAAUAAGAACAAAAAGAUUACACUGUUACUAGAACUUUGUUGUACGUUAAGAUUAUAAAGCUUGCUUUCAGAUAGACUCGAGAAUUUCGAACAAGCUUAUCAUAUUAUAUUAUAUUAGUAUGUCUAAUAUAAAGAGAGCCAAUACAGAUUAUUUCACACUACUCAUUUCGGACAAGCUUAUCAAAGUAUUAGUUGUUGAUAGCUGAAAAGAGUAUCAGUGUGAAAUCUGUAUUGGCUCUCUUUAGAUUAUUCUAAAAUGGGUUUUGGCCUCCACUAAUUGGAGGCAAUCUUAACUUGAUUACACUCGAAAUGGCAUUUGGAACCAAUCUUGAAUUUUGUUGAUAGAAAAUUUUCGGAAUGUAUAGAAAUGUAUUUAUAUUUGAUAUAUCAGGAUAUGUUCUUU